UGCAUUGAACCACAUUACCAACCUGUUACCAAAGCACAGCACGUACACACAAAAUUGUGUGGAACAUUUAUUUCUUCUCUUGAAAAUUUUGUUUCGUCGUUAUUUUUGAAAUCAACAGCAUAGUUUGAAGAAAGCCGGUCGAAACGGUUUCUGUGCCAGUGACAUAACAGUGAAGAGUGUAAAUAUUGUUUGUAAUUAAAGAAAACUGUGAAAAUGUGUAUGGUCAAAGAAAAUUUGUUCAACAAGGAAAAGGAGCUGAAGCAGACGAAUGUGAACAGUGACUGGACGCAAUUGUUUCGAAAGCCGUUAAAGCCAAAAUUGACUCGAAAAAUUGUCUCAUCGGCUAAAUUAAAUCUGAACCGAUAUUGGCACAAGUUCGAGGAACUACUAACGACUGACACCGCUAAAAAGCCAUUUGAAGACAGUACGUCCUAUCACCUAUUGCCAUUGGUAAAUAAGAAACUGAAAUCGAGGGCUGACUCAACAUCAUCGCUACUCGGUCGUAACAACGUUCACGAUGAAAUCAACUCGUACAUGUCGAAAAAUUUUACGGUCGAGAAAAACAUUGCACGCAGUUCAAUGUACAAGCACUUCAACGAUGAAGCGUUAUACCAUGGGGUCAACUUAAACCUACCCAGACAACGUUGUUCGUGCAGCAUUUUGCCAUCGAUGGUACCGGCCAAAUAUCCGUUCAGUCAUCGAAACAUUCAGCUGAGCUUUGAAGAUAAGGAAAAUUUGGAAAAUGAGGCCAUGGAGGUAUAUAACAAUUACGGUUAUGAUAUUAGCUUCUAGGUUUUUGUAAUUGAUUUUUAAACAAUUUGUGAGAUAGCAGACUUUUUCUUUAAACUUCUAUUGGUAACGAUGCUUUAACGUUAAAUUUAAUUUUUCAUUUUUUUUGCUAAGUUUUUGUUUUUACUUGAAGUUAAGGUUAGUGAUUUAGAAUCUAAGGCAAACAUUUAGUGACACAAACGAAUUGAAUUUUGAGACGUUUAAGCUUUUGAGAUUUUUUUUUAUAUUAUAGAAAAUUCGUUGCCUAUGCGGUCUGCAUAGGCGUUCAAAUAUGUAAUUUUCUUGUUAUACACAAUCAUAGCAAAUGCUUUAAAUACUUUAUUACGAAGGGAGUUGUUGCAAUUUAAAUUAGGAAAAUAAUUUUGUUAUAAAAGGGGAUGGUUCCAAGAGUGCAAUAUUAGAGGUCAAUGAAUUCCCAUUUCAGACUUCACAGAUUAUUAUGAUUGCGAUGUGAUAUAAUUUAAGGUCCCGUAAUUACCACUGUUGAACAAUCAAUUUAAAUUUAAUCGAUUUGCAUCAUCUGUUCGCAUAUGUGUGCAUUUCCUCGUCGAUCUGGUAUUCAAUUAUGACAUUCAAGGUUGAGCACUAAAAUCGGAAUUAAUUGAUCGACGUUUAUGAUCGAUUUUUUUCGUCGAUGUUAUUGUCGAACUUGUUUUCAUCGGAUCAUAAAUCAGUAAAUUUUUAUUAUUUAUUCAGCCACAAUUGAGCAGAGACGGAUUCUUGUUUAUUAACCAUAUUGUCAUUACUCAACAGAGAAAUCCUUGUAUUACACAUAAUUAUAAAGUUGUAAUGCAGGGCGCCAGUUUCUACGGAAACAGGGUGUUUCAACGCGGUUUCAAUUUAAAUUUCAUUUUAAUUUUGGUAUGGGAACGAAGGUUACCAAUGCCAACAACACCAUGUAGACUUAUCUCCGGAAAGAAUAUAUAGUCGAGGAAAAUGUUUUAUUCACAAUUACUCGUUAACCACUCUGUGUGAACACAUAUAUUCGUUCAGACGACGAUGCUGAUAACUUAAUCAAUUAAAUUUAAUUUCAUGUUCAACAAAUACAUCCAGCCACUACUUUGAAUUCAUUAAAAAGAUUUUUGUUUUUCUUUAAUUAGCAAUUUCGUAUUAAAUACUGAAUAUAUAUGAACACUCCUCACAGUUCCACCGGUGUGUAAAGAAUAUUUUUUUUUAAAUAAUGAUCGCGUGAGUAAUUUUUUUUAAAUAUUAUUGAACAACAACAAAAAACGAGUUUAUUCUUCGAACGUACAGUGUAAUACACAAACUUGAUCGCUUUUCUUUUUCUUAUAAAUUUAUGAUGUUCAAUAAAUAAAUGAAUGCAUGUUAAGGUAAGAAAAGAUCAAAGAGGUUGAAGUGUGUUGAAAUUAUUUUUCUUUCAGUUUUUUAUUAUUGAUCAUACGUCUUGUUGUACGCCUUUUGCCAAUCAUCGUAUUAAAUUUUAAUCAAUUUUUUAAUUAAAUUUUAAGGUCAUUAUAACACUUUAAACAUUAUUUUACAUCACUGUUGAUUAUUACUCACAUUUGGUUACUACAUUUGCAACAGAAAAUUCAUUGAUUUAAUGAUGAUCCGUUAAUUACUUUGAAUGUAAUUCAUUUUCCUCUAUCAGUUCGUACGAUUUUGUUCGUUUAGAAUGCAUUUCUCAAUCAAUUAAAUGUACAGCCAAUUCAUCACAAGAAUCGUUCAUAUCAGUAUCAAUCCGGUGAUCAUAUCCGAUUUUCCUUUAUUAAGCUAGGUACUGUGCAAUCUUAGAUUUAACUUUCGAUUUCUAAAUUUUUAGUUUUGUAUACGAAUACGUUCUGUGAUAAAAUCGUGACACAUUCGUCAUGAUGCUCAACGAAUAAAUUAGUUUAAGCUUCUGUUGUCUACGUAAAUUUGACGAUUCUUUUGGAAUACAAAGAAAAUGUUUUCAAAUUUAUGGACGGAAAACAGAAAUAGGCCGACUGUUGUCAAUGUUUUUUGUUUGUUUUAUUUUUCGAUAAAAAGUUAGCUUUAAAUUCAAGUACCUUUAACAAGCCACUGUGAUAUAGUGCGACAGUAUAGUUAGGUAGGUUAAAUUGUAAGCGUGAGGUGUCUUCCAGUAAAGCAGAAUUGAUAUUAGGUUAAUCAGGGAAUGAAAUCAUUUCAUUUUAGUUUGUAUACGUUGAAAAGCUUUAAUAGAUUGUAAGUUCUUAUGUCUUCCAGUUUUCAUUAGAUCAAAAUGCAAAAAUUUAUGAGCGUUAUUCAGAAGAAAGAAAAAUUUAUUUUACGAAACCGUUUGAAAUUGAAAUUUUUUUAUUUUUAUCAAAAUUGAAUUUAGACUUGACUCAAAAUGGAUUGGUGAGUUUCGGUUUUUCGUUUAACUUCCACAAUCAUUCCAAUUUUGAAUGUAAAAAGUGUUGGAACUUGAAAUUAAAACCGAACAUCGUCAACUCUUCCUAUUUGAGCCAAUGAUUGUUUAUUGUUAUAAAAAGAGGCAAAUUAUUUUUUCGAUAGAGCAAAAUCAUCUUCCGAAAAUGUCUUCCACUUCUAAAUUUUAGGAGAAAACUUAAAAUUUGUCUUCCACAAAAUCCACUUUAUGAGCGUUGUAUUAAACGAAAUUUCUUUUAUGAGCGUUGAAAAUUUAAUUUGAUUUAUAGAAAAUGUUAUUGCUGUGAUUAUUAGUCGCUUUUUAGACUAAUUUAAAAAUCUAAGCUUAAAUUUAAUUGGUAAAAAAAUCUUGUUUGUGUCACUAAAUACCACUACAUUAAGUAAACUGUAAAUUGUUUUGAGGCAAAAAUAUCCCAGUGAAUUGUACUGAUAAAAAAGAAUUUGUUUUCGUCAUUUGUUUACGAAAAACUCUUGGUAUUCUGAUUACAUUUUCUAGAAUAUAAGAUGUACAUGAUAUUGAAAUUGUACUUACAUUUAUAAUGCUCAUUUGACUGAGAUAAUUGUACUUGGUAAGGUUUUACAAUAAUUUUAAGACGCUAAGACAAUGUACAAAACAUAAAUAAUGUUCAGUUUAUUUUGAUCUCUAAUUGCAUGCGUGUUCAUAGAUUUUAAGUUCAUUUUUCUACAAAUAUUUGUGUGCUUUUAUUGGUUUGAUUUGAAAUAAAAAUAC